AUGUUCCUUGUAGGAAACAAACAAUAGUUUUCAAACCUCAUCCGUGUUCCCUAUGGUAGAAGCAUCAGGUCAAUAUCCACCGUUGUGGGCCAAUCCGGCCGUGUAUACAUAACAGGUGAGGUGCUUCAGCGCCAUCGCGAGGAUCAUAACCUCAGCGUCUUCAAAACGGAGUCUGAUCACAAGCAAUUUGUUGUGAAGCGCGUGCCUAAGCCGUUCUACAACAUGUCUCUACGCCUUGCGGCCGAGUUUGCAGGCUCCUAUAGUCUUCGAAUGCACAUCGAUUGCAACCACGAUGAAAGCACUUUAGUCUACCCCUAUUACAAAACCACCCUGCUUUCCUUGAUUCAGAAUGAUCCGGAAUUUCCUACGCUGGAGCGCAAGAAGAUUCUACGACACACAGGAGAAGCAAUACAAGAGCUUCACAGCAAAGGCUGGAUUCACAUUGAUGUAAAGCCUGACAACAUAUUGGUCAACUGGAUUAGCGACAGCAAUGGCAACAAAACAGUUGCCGACGUGGCCUUGGGCGAUUUUGACAUCGCCUACAAAUUGGAAGAUGGACAGUCGCGUCAAACACCUUACGCAAUAGGCAACGCGAUGUGGCGAAGCCCAGAGGGGCACACUGGAACUGGUGUGACCAAGGCGUCGGACAUAUUCUCCUAUGGGCUGGUAUUCUCCGAAGGACUUCUCAAACAGAUCGAAAAUGAGAAUUGGCGGAGCGCUCUGAAGGCUGCGGGGGCAGUGGCGGAGGAGGCAGUGAAGGAAGAGCCCAUGCUGAGAUUCACACAUUGGGGAGCAGAGCUUGGCCCCGAGGCACAGAACAUGAUAUCUGGAAUGACAAACCCGGACCCAACAGCCAGAACAACGAUAAGCCAGGUUCUGGCUCAUAGAUGGUGGCAGGAUAACACUAUCUAG